AUGACUACAACAACAACCACGGCUACGACGACUAUGCCUUGCGUUUCAGUUGGUAUUAAUGGACUGACGAUUCCCACAUGUGCUACAUGGAAUCAGACAGGAAUCACGGUGGCUGGUAAUCAGAACACGGCGGCUGGUUCCAAUUUGGCAUCACACAACUAUCCAAUAGACAUAUUUGUUGAUAAUAAUUACACUUUGUUCGUCGCCGAUGGAAACAACAAUCGAAUUGUUAUGUACUAUGAGAAUGCUGCUAGUGAUAUUCUUGUUGCUGGUACAAGCACAGGGAGUGGUUCAAGUCAAUUUAAAUCAACCGAAGGGUGUUUCCGUCGAUCAGACGGGUGCUCUGAUCGUUGGCGACACUUCAAAUUAUCGAAUACAAAAAUUGCCCUACGGUUCAAUGCUACCACAGUAACCGCCAAUAGUGGAUCGAGUCAUUUGGGCAUAACAAGAGAUUUGCAUGCUGAUUUUAAUGACGAUAUCUAUGUGACAGAUUCAGAUUACAAUCGAGUUGUCAUGUUUUAUCAGAAUAGCAGUAUCGGUGUUGUUGUAGCAGGCAACAAUGGAGCCGGCUCAGCAGCAAAUCAAUUCUCAACUCCGUAUGGAAGUUUCAUUGACCAAAACGGAACAUUGUACGUCGCAGACUAUGGAAAUCAUCGUGUCCAGAUGUGGCAUGCUGGAGCUAGGAGCGGAAUUACUGUAUCCGGUAUUACUGGAUCUUAUGGCUUGUCAUUGAUGCACUUGAAUUAUCCUGAUGCAGUCAUUGUCGACAAUAAUGGGUAUGUUACUAUAUGA